CUUCUUCUUCUUCUCAUUAUGUCCGCAAAGCAUCUAGCUAGCUGUAUCUUCUGCAAGAUUAUCAAGGGCGACAUUCCGAGCUUCAAACUCGUUGAAACUGAGCUGUCGUUCUCCUUCCUCGACAUCGGCCCGCUUUCCAAGGGACACGCGCUUGUCAUCCCCAAAUACCAUGCUGAGAAAAUGCACCAGCUUCCCGACGAGUACCUCGCUGACGCGAUGCCCAUCGCGAAGAAGAUCGUCCUCGCUCUCGGAGACGGCGCGGAGAACUACAAUAUCUUGCAGAAUAACGGUCGGCUGGCCCACCAGGAAGUUGACCACGUCCAUUUCCAUGUCAUUCCCAAGACUUCGAAGGAGGAGGGUCUGUCUAUUGGCUGGCCCGCGAAGCAGCCGCCAAAGGACGAGCUGCAGAAGCUGUAUGACGAGAUUAAGGGGAAACUGUAG